CGGCGCGAGGAAAGGCGCGCGGGUGGGGGUGCGAGGCAGCGGCAGCUCUGGCGGAUCCGAGAGCCCGGCGUUUCGUGUAGAGAAAGCUGGCUUGCGACUACAGACUCGGGACCGUCGAAACUCCGAAGGUUUAAAGUUGGGGCGCAGGCGUCCGUGGCUACUAGGCCGAACGCGGCGCUGUCGUGAAGCGCUUUACAGCAGUGGGCACAGCGGCGCUUUACGGCGGCCUACCUGCUGCCCGAGGGGAAUGGGGAUGCGCCGCGGGCGAUAACGGACUCAGUUUGACCGGGUGGCCUGUGGAGGCCGGGAACAGUUAUUCUGUGGGCGCGAGAAAGAGGCGGCGGUUUGGCGGGGAAGGCCUCCGAGCUGGCGCGGUGAGAGUGCGGCUGCUCGCGGGCGGGUGGUCCCGGGGGCUGCACGGGACGGAAAGCGAGCCGGUUCGCGUCCCUCCUGGUGGGACGCUGAAAUCUUAGGAGCCUCGGGAGGUUUUAAGGCCAGAAGUGACCCGGUGAGGUUUGUGCACCGAAGGAUGCUGAGACAGAAGUGUCCAGCUGACUGAAGUGUUCCUAGUGUUUGGUGGUUGGAAAUCAGUUGCCGUGAACAUUCUCAAGCCAGUGUGUGUGUACACACAUUUUCACUUCUCUUGGAUAAACACCUGGAGACUCAGAGCAGGCUGAUGGGGAAAGUGGAGUGGAAGGAGGACACCUGAUGCACUGGUUUUCAACUGGGACAGGAUUUCAGCGUGCAGGGCUCUGAUGGAUGAAGUGGAGUAUGACGUCACCAAAGCUCGGCAGAAGAAGACUAAGGUGGGCUCCUACCGGAUCAGGCCUGACGGGACGCAGGAGAGGAGAAAGGUCCCCCUGGUCGAGUCCGAGGCGUUCCUCAUCGACCUUCUGGAUAAAGUGUGUGAGCGAAUGAACGAUUACCAGCUCGAUGAAGACUCUGUGACUAAGGAGAAGUACUUCCGGAGAUAUGCUCCGAGGAAAGGAGACAAGAUAUACAAAGAAUAUAAGAGGUUCUAUUACUACUCUGAUGCCUACAAACCUCUGAAAUUCGCGUGCGAGAAUAUAAUAGAGGAGUACGAAGAUGAAAUAUUCUCACUUAUCGCGCAGGAGGCACACAACUUCGCUGACAAGAUGUGCAGUGGAAAAUCAGAUCUGUGUAGAGCCUCGGCUAAUCACACUGAAUUCUAGAAAUGAUGUUCGACUCAUUCUAGAGAGAGAGCAAAGUUACAGCUGCAAAGGUCAAUGUCUGCAUUUGUGUCUGCAUGUCUUUCAUGAUAAGAAAAUUUGUCUUGUUUAUACUAGGUUCGUCUCAUGCAUGACAUUGUUUUGAAAAUUUGUUUGGCAUCGUGACAAACCCUCACUCUUUAGGUGAAGCCGAGGAGUUCAUGAAACUUAAAUUUCCUUUGCAGAUUUGGACCAAACAGGCUUAGCAAUAAAGCAUUAAAUUUGGUUGUGGGGAAAGAAAGCAAAGCUGUUUCAUAAGAAAAUAGGGAUUUAAAAAUAUACACUGUAUAUUUCAUAGCAAAGAUACAUAUACACAUACAAAUGCAGGAACUUGAUUUGAUUUCUGAAAUACUUGAUUGGGCACAAAUUUAGGGGACUACUGCAAGUAAUUUCAAAUUUGGUCCUCUGAAAGACUUUGUAUGGUAUUGGGGAAAAGAAUGAACCCACUUUUAUCAGGAAUGAAAUCUAGAUUUCAAGUUUAAACUAUAGUUUAAAAGCUUAAACUCUAAAAAUCUCUAAAAUUUAAUGGAAUGCAAAAAAUAAUGAAUACUCUUUACCUUGAGCAGUACAUGAGUCCAAAUGAUUUGUAAAGUGGAUUUAUCACAACAUCGUGCAUUAAAAGAUGAGAGCAGUGA